AUGAACAUCACAAUCGAGUUCGAUUGGAAGCACAUUGCGGUACCCGUGAUCGGCGCCGCCUUCGCUGCGGGCGUGGUUCUCCUGUGCCAGAUCGUGGCCGAGAGGGCACGGUCGAUAUGGGGCGGCAUCCUCGGCACCAUGCCACAGACUGCUGGUGUUGCGGCCUUUUGUAUAGCGCUAGUAACAAAUGACAGUCAAGCAUUCCAGGAUGCCAUGUUCGCUGUGCCCCUUGGCACCCUCCUGGGCGUGCUCAUAUUCUGCAUCUGGAAGUUCUUCCCCAUGAUCACCCUCAACCUGAACAUCAACGUCAAGCAGGCCAUCGUUGUGAUCGCUUCUCUCGUCCUAUGGGUCGGAGGCAACUUCUUCAUCGUUGCCAUCCUCAAGGGCAAGGAGAUCAAGUCCUACGACAUCUUGCACGUGACGCUCUUCUUCUUGGCCAUCGCCUAUGUCAUCGCCGUCGUCGCGGGCUGCUUGUGCAUGCGCAACUAUGUCCGUCCCCGAGACUACACCGGCCGUGCCAAGUUCUGCAUUUACAUUUGGAAGCCCAUCUGCGCCGCUUUCAUCACGGCUCUCGCGGCUUUCCUGGCCACCCGGUUCCAGGUCGUGUCCGGUCUGACCGCCGUCUUCCCGCUCGUCGGCAUCGUCUGGCUGCUCAUCAUCUGGACCGAGCACGGUGAGGCCUACAUGACCGGUCUUGCCACCACCGUCAUGCUUGGCAACCUGUCCAACGGAGUCUACUGCAUCAUCUUCGGCCUGAUGUACCCCUACCUCGGUGCCUGGAUCGGCGGCGUCGUGUCCUGGGUCUUCUCGCUCUUCCCCUCGGCCAUUCCCAUCGGCAUGGCCCUCUACUGGAGGAACAAGACCGCCGAGAAGGAGCGCGAUGCUCGCAAGGCCGAGGAGGCCGGCAUGGACCACCUCGAGGAUGGCCACCCCGACGAGGAGGGUGAGAUUGUUGGCAUGCGCAGCGGCGGCCGCAACACCACCUACGGUGCUACCGAGGGCGGCUACGACGGCUACAGCGGUGGCGGCGGUUACGGCGGUAAGGGCGACGACGGCUACGGUGGCGGCUACGGCAAGGGUGGCGACGAUGGCUACGGUGGCGGCUACGGCAAGGGUGGCGACGACGGCUAUGGCGGCUACUCAAGCGGUGGCGGCAAGGGCGACGGUGGCUAUGGCGGCUACUCGAGCGGCGGUGGCAAGGGCGACGACGGGUAUGGCGGCGGUUAUGGCGGCGGCAGAGGAGGAGGCUAUGGUGGCGGCUAUGGCAAGAACGACUACUAA